AUGCGACCAUCUGUCGGCGGGUGCAAACGGCGCGGGCUUGCGCAGCUCUUCCUACUCCUCUUGGCUCUAUGGGCCCCUCUGCACGCACUUCAAGACGAACUCGUGCUCCAAGGCCUCAACACGCCGAUCGCUGCUGCACCCAUUGAUGCGCAACGCAUCCUGGUAGCCCAAAUUUCCGGCGCCUUGACCCUGAUUCACGUGGAAGACGCCACGCAAUCUGUUUAUGUCACCAUCCCCGAUGUCAAUUUGCACGGCGAGCGCGGCCUCUUGGCUGUGACCGUCCACCCCGAUCUGGCCAACCACCCAUAUGUUUUUGUCUACGUUUGCCUCAAUGAACCCGCAGCCUGCAGUGUCUUUCGCCUCACGCACCACGAGAACUCGGGUGGCCACACAAGCCAGGCGACGUGGGCCGAGGCUCUCCUCUUGUUUCAGGAUGCCGAGGGCUACCUGGGGCCAUACCACUACGGAGGCGGCCUCGCCGUCACCCCCGAUGGAGCCCUCUACGUGGCUGUGGGGGAUAAAACAUACCCCACGGAAACGGUGACUGGCAAGCAGCUUUACCGCAUCGCGCCCGAGGAUGUCGUUGGUGUGACGCCCGCACCACCCACCACCAGCAUCGCCACAGGCAUGCGCAACCCGCUCUCCAUGCUGGCCUGUGACGAGGGCUUUCUCAUGUUCGACGUGGGCGGCAAUGACUACAGCAACAGUUUUGAGGAGAUCAAUGGCUAUUUUCCUGGGGGCCUCAUACGGGUGGCCCGCUUUAGCUGCGUCAUGGGUGGUGGUCUCACGGGCAACGACUGGUACCAGGGCUUGGGAAACCAGCUCAUCUUCCUCGAUUACGCCCGCCAGACGCUGAACGCCGUUCCCCGCACUGGCUGCCAAGCGGUUGGCCCCAGCACCGUGGUACUGCACACCAUCGGCUCUCCCCUGCAUGUCAUGACCCGACCCGACUACACGCUGGUGUACACCACACUCGAGGGACAGGUUCGCCGCGUGCGCGUGGGUGGACCCUCCUUGGCUGUUGACGAGCUCUUCGUGGCCCCGCUGGCCGGUCCCACACCCCUCAUCCUAGACCUGGGUGCCCCAGACACGGACGCGCUCACAGACUGGACCAUCGAGUGGCAUCUCAACGGCUCACGCUUGGGCGCCGUAUCUAGCUGGACGCUGGACGACGUGGGCACAUACAUGAUCGAGGCCGUGGCUUACUUGGGUGGCGUGCCCGAAUAUACCAUCCAGAGCUUUGAGGUGUAUGCGGGUCCGGUGCUGAAUCUUCAGAUCCACAGCAGCCGAGGCAGGUUCGAGGCCGGGCAGAGCGUCAGCUUCUCGGCGACCGCCUCAGGCUCCACUUCAGCUCCGCAGUCCCCGCAGUAUACCUGGAGGCUUUUCAUGCACCAUGCCAACCACAUGCAUCGGCUGGUUCCCGCCACGCCCAAUGCAACCCUGACGUAUGCUGUUCCCUGGGAUGGACAUGCGUGGAGCAACGACACGGCACUGCGCGUGACGGUGGAAGCACACGAUGCCGCCACCAAUCAACGCGGGUUUGCUCAAUACGAGCUCCAGCCACGCCUAGCUGAGGUGGUCAUUCGUGUCGUGGUGGAGGGGGCUCAAGCCAAUGCCGGGCGCGUGGUCGCAGCAGACACCAUGUUGUUAGACGGCGAAACGCGCGCCAACCCGGACACAUUUUUAACGGCCCGGCGCUUUGAGCAUCGCUUGACGGCACCGGCAUCCGCUUGCGCGGCUGGCGUGCACUUGGCUCGGCACAUCAAGGCCAGUGGCAAGCUUGUAUGGACAGCUGAUGCGGGAGGCGUGAACUUUUACGUGACUCGUAAUGCUGAUCUGACAGUGACCUACCGGACAGACGGCGAGUGCCAUUUGGCCCUGGGGGCAGCCGUGGAACGAUCCCCUCUCUUUGAACUCGGUGCUUUUGACCUGGUCCCCGGAGAUGGGCACCUCAUAGCGAGCCCGGGUGCCCAGGACAACCCAGCCAGCGUACCAGUGACGUGGGCGGCUGCGACGGGGGCCAUGCUCCCUACACUCGACGAGUCCUUUGCCAGCACCCCAUGGCGAUUUGCAGUCUUUGAUGGGGCGUACAACGUGCGCUCGGGUGCACUGGAUCCGUCCGUCGGGCAGGCGGUGGCUCAAAGCGAUGGGGAGCUCACAGUGGUGGCCUUGGUGCGUUAUCACGGCCCCGGCUGGGGUGGUGUGGUGCUGGGCGAGCCCACAUGUGUGGGCAGCUUUGGGCCUGGGGUCAGCACCGGUGGUUCCACGGCAGCGUCUCCAGGCGGAGAGUUGAUGGUCGAAACGUUCUGUACCAACUUGAUUGAGCAAUCGGGUGUUGUAGGCGCCGAAGCGGGCUGGAUCCUGCAGGGUGCACGUUAUUGCGACGGCAUGGCCAUCAUGAGCCUCAACGAAACCGACCUUUGGCAAGAGGAGAUGCCCUUGGCUUUGUCUCUGUCUCAGAUUGCAGUUGGCUCUGAUGCUAGUUUGAGUACCCAUGUGGCAAUGGAUGUGGCUUGGGUGGGCGUCUGGGACGCGUGCUUGUCCUCGUCAGACCUCCUUCAGCUAAGCGCGGCUGUCACCGACAUGGAGCAGGCGUUUAAGCAACCAGACGACGAUCAGGAUGGAGGCUUGGGUGACGGUGAUGAUGACCGCUCUGAGCAGCCGCCCGAUGACGAUGACGAUAACGAUGACGAUGACGGUGACAGCAUGCCGACCCAGAAUCCAAUGGUCUUUACGAUUGAGCAAACCGGCGAUUUGGGCGCGGCCGUUAGCGUGUCGCCGCCCUUGGGUUGGAUAAGUUUAACAGCCUGCGCUGCGUUGCUCUGUCACAGUUUGGCUCGCUUCCUGUAA